AUGCGGAAGGCCAGUCCAAAGGCGCAGUUCCAGGGCGUCGCUAAUAAAACCAACGGGAACACUGCAUCCACAGAUAGUAUUGAGGCCCACCACUCUGGCGCACGCAACCUCCUCAGCAAAUUCAAUCACGAUCACCACGACCUUCCCACUGCUCAUCUUUACCUCAACAGCAUCCACACACACCACGGCAAUCAUAUCGGCCACGCGCCACAUGUCUGCAGUGUCAUUGGUCCAUUCCUCCCUCACAGCAUCCACCGCCACGCACCACAUCCCAGCACGCCCUUACCCGCACCUUCCGCGGGCCUCUGCAUUGUCUUGGACACCGCUGCGGUGCCCGACGACUCCGCACUCAAUCCUCUCAUUCCGAUGCCGAUUUCAGCCCCGACGCUUUUCACGCUGUCUACGCCAACCACGUGUCCUAUCUCGACAUCCAUGUCUGUCUCUGUGCCAGUAGUGUCCAUUCCAGCCCUGGAGAUAGUCACUGCUCCUCAGGAUAUGCGACCUCGCAUCCCCCCGGCCAACGCCAACGCGCUACACCGUCGACAGGGCGCCGACACCUUGACAACGACGCAGACACACACGGCGGCGGCGCUGGUGCCGAGCCAAGGCAAUUUUGCGCGCAACUUUGCUGUCGCGUCGCCGGAGUGCGAGUUUGUGGACUUGCAUACCAGCUUUGCUUUCCCUCUGCAUCUGAUGGGGUUUGUGUCCGGCGCAACCUCACAAUGA